UGUAAAAAUAUACAAUUCAUGAUGUAAUAUAGAUAAGCAAAACAUUUAGAACGUCAGUUAUGCAGAAUAUUGCUUCUUCAUUCAAGCUAUUAUUUUAUUUUUAUUGCAUAUAACUCCAAUCAUGGCAUCUUCUGAAAUGCCAUCUGGUUCUGUGGCUCUUUCAAAACGAAGUAAGAGAAGCGUGGCAACGUAUUUUAAAGGAGAAUGUGGUAAACAGUGUAACCCACAGAAGUUGCAUGACUUCCUUGAACACAUUUUGAGUUCUGCCAGACCCAUUGAUGAGUUUGAAACAAUAGAUUGGUGCAAAUGGUUGAUUGCUGGAGGAUCAACAUUCGAUGAAUUUUCAAAAAUUGUUCGACAGUAUGACAAUGCUAUAACCUGUGGACUGGUGUGGACGGCAAACUUUGUGGCUUACCGCUGUAGAACAUGUGGCGUGUCGCCCUGCAUGUCACUGUGUUCAGACUGCUUCCAGGCGGGUAAUCACGAGGGCCAUGAUUUCAACAUGUUUCGCAGUCAGGCAGGGGGCGCUUGCGACUGUGGAGAUGUCAGUGUCAUGAACCCAUCCGGAUUUUGUAGACGUCAUGGUCCCGACCGACAGCAUCACAUGGUCCAUCCUCCUGGUGACAUUAUGGCAAACGCAGAGGCCAUGAUGCCACAGAUCUUCUUACGACUGCUCUACCACCUUAGAGACAACUGUAAACCAGAAAUGCGCAACUCGUAUGUUGUGACAAUGAUGGACGCUGAGCAGUAUAUGGGAUUCAUACAGGGACUCAGCGACAUGGGGGCAGCCAUGCGGAACGUCAUGGCCAGCAUGCUCACCAAUACAGGCAUAUAUAAAAAAUUAACACAAGACCGACCCGGAGAUUACUGUAAAACUAGUCAAGAGAACUACACCUCCGCCCUCCAGAGCAUGCCGUACCCAGACAGCUUUGAAAAGCACCAAGACAAGCCUGGUUUACAGCAGGCUCUCUGUCACGAGACGUUUGUGGAGGAGCUGGUGUUCUGGACAGUCAAGUACGAGUUCCCACAGAAGAUGGUCACCUUGCUCCUAAGUCUUUUGCCUCACGACGGAUACAAGAAUUGUUUUACAAAGGCCUUCGUGCAGCACUACAGUCGAAUAUCUAUCGUCCUGGUGAAUGCUCUCGACAGAGUUACAGUAGCCAAUCGAGUUGUCCACGUCAGUGUUCAGCUGUUUAGCAACGAAGCCUUAGCAACCAAGAUGGCUGAUGAAUACAACUUGCUGUAUACCCUGGUGCUUAGUUUGACGAACAUGAUAGAAAACAUACGUGUUGGCAGUGCUCUGGAAGAAACGGACCCGAUGCAGGUGAAUAACUUCCACUCGGUGGCGGACUGCAGCCAUGAUGUGAUGAAGUCUCACUGCUACUGGCCAAUCAUCAGCGACUUCAUCAACAUGCUGUCUCACAGGAAGAUCGCGCUCCGCUUCCUCAAGGAUGAGGAGCUGGUCACACGCUGGAUGGAUCUCCUCGCUUACCUGCAGGGCAUGAACUUGAACCAGCGCGUCCUCACCCAGCAUGUUGAGUUUGAGUCGGACACGUACUAUGCCGCCUUCUCCGCGGAGCUCGAGAUUUCAGCCUCACCCAUGUGGUCGCUCCUCAGUCACUGCAGUGGACAGGAAAACUCGUACCACAUACUGCGAAUGAUUGCUGCUGCUCAGAUUGCAUUGCAGGACUGGUUUACAGCCAUCAACUGUAAAAACAACAUGAAGCCAAACCCAUAUCAGCUGACAUUCCACCUCCCACUGCACCGCUAUCUGGCGGCCUUCAUGAUGACGGCUGUGAAGAAUCUCGACAUCAAGUUGACCGACAUUCUGCCAGAAGAUGUUGCACUGAAAAAGAUCAUGAUUCACGUACUACAAAUACAGGUUUCCCUGGCUCAGAUCUAUGCUGGAAUGUGGGUGAGAAAUGGCAUUCAGAUUAAAGGUCAGGCUAUGACCUACGUCCAGUGCCACUUCUGUUAUUCAAUGGCUGAUGCCGAUUUAUACCUGCUGCAGGUUUGUGGUUCACAGCUGGAUCCAGAUUACUUUGUGAAAACCAUCUUGGAAAGGUUCCACCUGUUGAACUGGCUGUCGUUCUCCAGUAAGCCGUCUCACCUGAGCAUCCACCUCGAACCAUCCCACGAGACAGCCAUGUUGGAGGGGGCCCUUGCUCUGCUGUCCACCCUUCUUGGAAUCAGGACGUACCUCGGUAUUGGUGACAAAGAACUGGUUCGUUUGGAGAUGGCCUCUCUGCUGUGUAUGGGAGACCGACAACACAGCCAGCUACAGGAUCUGAUGCCGGAGAAAUCGGGUGUCUCGGGUCACGGCAAGGAGUACUUUGAAUCAACCUUGAAAGAGCUCGCUGACUACAAAGCUCCAGUGUUUGAAGCAGGAGGGGGAAUGCAGCAAGGAACCUAUGUUCCUAAAGCGUUCCUGUGGGAUACGGAGUAUGACCCUAUCCACGUGUCACUGCGAGCCAUCUACAAGCGAGAUCAGCAGGCCGCUCUUGACAGAUACACGGAACAUAUUCGACAGACUGGCAAAUAUCAGAAAAAGACAUCUCCGUGGCCUCCAUUCAAAAUCCCCGGACAUGUCAAUUCGUCUUACAAAGGCCUCUACAAAAUACUCAACUGCCGCACGAUACAAGCUUUUCUCUUCACCAUUCUCUACAAGGCUGUACACAAGGAGCUGAAUCUGCCAGACAGUGUCCUGUACUACACGAUCCACCUGCUAGAUCUCAGUCUCCACUUCAGUCCUAGUCACUCCACCAAGAGGGUUCACAGUCAGGGAACAGUGAAUGAUGGUCAGUUUCACAGGUGGUUUUCCUCAUCGGACAUCAAGCAGAAUGCAAGGGAGACAAUCCACGAAAUAGUGGUUCAGAAUCCGGUUUCGGAGACGGAAGAGGCGGACAGCUGCACGGUUAAUGUUGACAUGGACACCAGCACACUGGAAGAAAUGUUUCAGCUGGCACCAAGUACUGCUUCUUCACAUGGUGGACCAAUCACAGCAAGCCAUCUUUCGGGUAUUCCUUCCAUGAUGUCACUUCCUGGAUCAUCUGGUGGUAGUCCAACAUACGCACUGGCUUUACCGACAUCUCACCCACCGGGCAGUCCCACUCAAGUGAAACCAAAGUACGAAAGCCGGGGAGUUGUCACGGAGCAGUUUCAUUCAACUCCUUACCCGGUCAAUGAAAACUUAAUAACGCUGCUGGUGAAGCUACAUAACAAGUUGUCUGGGAAGUCUAAUUCAUACGCCUGCAGUACUUGUGAGGGCGGCGGAGCCAAACCGUCUGAAGCAGCCGUGGGCGAUGGUCCCUUUUACGUGGGACGGUUUCUCGACAGACUGUGUCGUCAGAGUUCAGAGUGUGCGAAACUCGUGUCGGAAAUAGCUGCCACCAGACAGCAGAAAGAAAAGGACAAGAAACAGGGACAGACUGUUAAUCAGGAAGAAAGACGAAAAAAGGCUUGGGAACGCCAGCAAAAACUGAUGGCAGAAUUUGCCUCAAAGCAAAAGGCGUUCAUGGAACAGGCAAUGGAAGAAGAAGAAGAUGCCUCAGAGGAGACCACACAGGAAAAGUCCAAGUCGGAGGAGAAACUGCUGGACUGUGUGAUCUGUGGUCAGAGUACACCAUCCACCGGAGACAGUCCAGUCGGUCUUGUCGUCUUCCUACAGUCGUCCAGUGUUCUUGGACACCGGUUGCGGAGUGAGAAGCCGCGGGUACUUCUUGAAGAUGGAUCUCAGUUACCCAAAGCACCGUGUGCCACGUUUUACAAAAAACAUUUAGAAACUCUUCUGAAAAACUUUGAGGAGGGCUCCUGUCAGAUGUCUCUCAACAUUGGCUGGGAGGGCGGAGUUGUGGUGCAGACUUGUGGACACUAUCUUCAUCUGACCUGUCACGGCUCCUAUUUAGAAUCACUUAAGACUCAGAACCCGACAGAGAACCUGUCAGUGAACAAAGGAGAAUAUUGGUGCCCGCUGUGUCGACAGCUGUCAAAUUCUGUCAUCCCAGUUGUGCCUGACGAAAACAAGUUUACAUUGGUGAAGCCCGUGUCACCUGACCCCCACCAGAUGGCGUUUGAUCUGGCAGAGCUGAUGGUUAAGAGACCUAUUACACCUGGAUCGGCCAACUUAACAAAAGCCAUGGGGAGUGUGAUGGAGGACUUGACGAAUUCUACACAUUCAGCAUACAAGACCUACACCAUGUCACACGGCUCCGAAUGUGUUCUGCUCUUUGUUUGUUCUGUAGCAAGAACUAACCUUGAAGUUGAAUUGUUACAAAGAGGUGGAACUCUAGAUAAGCCACCACCAUCCAUCUUUACAAAGAAAAACUGCUUCCUUCCCAUGCUGCAUGUGUUGAGUCUACACAGCAAACUGCUGACAAUGAGACCCACGCCGUACACGGAUCUGUGGGCGCACAUCACCGGUGUCAGUCUCACUGGAGAUUCUACCAGUGUGACGAAGUACCAGAAAAAUGUUCCACUUUUGUUGAAAGAUGUUACAGCUUUGUUAAUACAGUUUAUUCUGACUCUUCCAAUUUCAAUGGAAACAGAGCACUUUGACUUCCUAGUACAGAUGUUGUAUAAUGUUGUGUAUGUCCAAGCACUGGCUGUGAUGAGCUGCAAGUUCACGUCGGAGGAACGUGAAGCAUGGAGAAAGAAGGGACAAAAAGUUCCUUUUGAAACCAUGGAUGGUAUUUUGAGUCACAUAAUCACCCGCCUCAGUCUAAGCAGACUAUUUGAUGAUGCUGACAAGGAAAAAGGUGUAUCGGCUUUUUGCCAGAGUGUUUGGUCUCCCCAAAGUGUGGAAGAUGCCAUUGAGGAGUUUGUUCUGCCGUUUUUGAGAAUAGCUGCACUGUUGAAACAUCAUUUGUUUGGGAUAGAGUUCUCCCCAUCUGAGGGUAGUUCAGAGUUCCAGUACCUUGCGGUGUACCUUGGUCUGUUGAGUGCGCCCACAACACAACGUGAUCUUAACGCGAUGAUCUGCAUGCGAUGGGCCGUGCCAAACCCAAUCAAACUGACACAGGCCUGGUGUACCGACUACCUCAACUUCGUCAGCAUCAACUUCGUAGAUGGAAAGUCCCUGUUGCUGGUGAAGCCCAUGUGGAAUGGCCCCCACCUGAUCAUCCUGCCCGACCAGUACUACCGCAUCUUCCAGCGUUUCCGCAGCCAGAAGUGUGAGGUGUGCAACAAGCCGCCACGUGACCCGACCAUCUGCCUCAUCUGUGGAGACUUCCUCUGUUUCCGCGACUCGUGCUGCCGGCAAAACAUGGUCUAUGAGUGUGUACAGCAUUCGGUGACGUGUGGUGGAGGGACAGGGAUAUUCCUGCUCAUCAACUCCAGUGUGAUUGUCGUGAUCCGCGGACCGCGCGCCACUCUCUGGGGCUCCAUCUACUUGGAUGAACAUGGGGAAGAGGACCGUGAUCUAAAGCGUGGGAAACCUCUGUUUCUGAGUAAAGAGCGGUAUGAAUUGUUGGAAACACAGUGGCGCUCACACAACUUUGACCAUGUCUGCAAGAAGUGGAUAUGGCACAGAGACCGACUGUAAAAAGAAAGAAAAGAACAAUGAGUGUUUUUUCUUCAGAUUCUUUUUUUAAAUAGCACUACUGUGUUGCAGGCAGAUAGUGUAAUAGUCGUGCCCAAAGCUUUGAACUAUGGUUACAUUAACCUCAAGAUACUGGAUUAUUUUGUUUUUAAAAUUAACAAUUUAAAAAAAAAAAAACACAUUUAGGAUUAGUUAUUUACAGAUGCAUUUUUUUGUUUGCGAAUUAUUUAGUGUCAAUAUGGUUGAGAUGUUUUUGUAAAAUGGUUUUGCUAUCUUUUGAUUAUCGAUAGGGAUAUGUCACCAGUCAUGUGCUGUUGGUGACAUCACAACCAGCUUGACCGUUUAUUAAGUGCUGCAUACAAAUAGAAUGCCUGCUACAUGCAAAUAUCGACCUCCGUUCUGUAGUGGUUAAGCCUUCCAAUUUAAGGCAGGCUAGUAGGUACUGGGUUUGCAGCCUGGUACCGGCUCCCACCCAGAUUGAGUUUAACGACUCGGUGGGUAGGUGUAAGACCACUACACUGACUUUUCUCUCACUAACAACUAAUGACGAAUCCACCAUCCUGGACAGACAGCCCAAAAGCACUAAUUUACAGUUGAUAGAUUGUUGACUAAAGACAUUUUUAACAGAUGUUGUUGAGUAGUCGUUUGAGGUUAGUAGAUGUCACAGCAGUUAUUUUUUAGUUUGAACUGACUUGCAUAACCAUGUUGAUCUCGAGUUAAGACUCAUCAGUUUGCAGACCUAAUCCAGGUGCAUUGUCAGAAUACAUGUAUUUCUAAAGGUCUUCAUCUUAAACUGACCAAAGGCAUAUCCGAGGUAACCAUUACAGUCAAAAAUUAACCUGGUAGUUAAUCGUCUGCUAGUUGGAGUUCCCACCAAAUUUAGCUUCAGAUCAAUUUUUGUAUCAGUUUUUAUUUUCCAAAACGUACCUACAUGUACAAUUAACAGAUGCAUUAUACAGUUGUAUCAGCUCUUCAUUUUGUUCACAGUGGACAACCCUGGCAAUUAACCAGAUCAGUCAGUAGUGUCGUGGAGAUUAUUUUAUUAUUAAUUAUUCAUUUUUUAUAAUAAUGACAAAUUAAAACUUCUCUCUUACACAAACGACAAGACUGCCAUGACUAUUUUUUACAUGACAUUUUUUUUUUUUUUUUCUCUGCUGCCAUUUUCUUAAUUGCCAGAGUUGUGAAGCUGUGAGCCAGCAAGUUAAAUAAUAGACCGUUUCUUAUUGGUCUGUUAUUUUACAACAUAAUGUACAGGUACACUAUUCGCUGUUUAAGUUCAAUGGACCUCAGUGUAUGUACAUUGAUAGCAUUGAUUGCAGGCGGAUGUUAUUAUUAUAGAAGGUUUGCCUGCAUUGGCAUCAGAGAAACAUCUGUAAUACAGGUUACCAUAGCACUUUGUGCACUACCUCAAACAUAUAAAUAAUAAUUUUGUUUACCAUAAGACUGUUCAAGCUGGUUGCUUAAGUCUGCAUUUACUAAUAAUUAUCUGUUUAAUCUUUGUGGUUUUUCAAUCAGUGUUCUUGGGGCAACUAUGUUGUUAAGUAUGUACAGUUUUACAUAAUACUGAAUUGAUCCUUGUUCAUGGACUGCACCUCUGGUAUAUCACGAUACUAUGUGAUACGCUGCCUAUGUUUAUUUAAAAGAUGCCUUGUGGCUAAUUGAAAAGGGUAACUUAAUGGGCAAAUUUCCACCUAAUUUUACGAUGUCACAAUUACUGUAUACAUGUAGUUGACAUUUUUAACUCAGUGCUGCACAACUGUGGUGUGAAUGUUAAACAAAAUUGUAGUUCUUUUUAAAUGAAGUUAUUCUGUAUAUAUUUUGUGUUCAAAAUUUCAUUUAACAAAAAAAACUUUGAAUGAAGUGUGAGUGGUAAAGUUAAA